CAAAGGAGAACCCAUCUUUUGCAAAUAUACCACAAGUCAAAAUUAAAGAUACAGAGGAAGUCAGAGAGGAGGCGGUAAGAAUGACCUUACAAAGGGCCAUCAAUUUCUACUCAACAAUCCAGGCAGAUGAUGGUCAUUGGCCUGGGGAUUAUGGGGGUCCCAUGUUUCUAAUUCCUGGUUUGGUGAUUACUCUUUCAAUUACUGGAACUCUAAAUGUCGUCUUAUCAAAGGAACAUCAAUGUGAGAUUUGCAGAUAUCUAUACAAUCAUCAGAAUGAAGAUGGGGGUUGGGGUCUACAUAUCGAGGGCCCAAGCACCAUGUUUGGUACUGUACUCAAUUAUGUUACUUUGAGAUUGCUUGGUGAACCUGAGGAUGGACUAGGGGCAGUGGAAAAAGCACGGAAGUGGAUCUUGGAUCAUGGUGGUGCAACUGCAAUCACUUCAUGGGGGAAAAUGUGGCUUUCAGUACUUGGAGUGUACGAAUGGUCUGGGAAUAAUCCACUGCCGCCAGAAGUAUGGCUUUGCCCUUACCUUCUCCCAUUUCAUCCAGGAAGGAUGUGGUGUCAUUGCCGAAUGGUGUAUUUGCCCAUGUCCUAUUUAUAUGGUAAGAGGUUUGUUGGUCCUAUCACAUCCACAAUCCAAUCUUUGAGAAAGGAGCUUUAUACAGGCCCUUAUCGUGAAAUCGAUUGGAAUAAGGCUCGCAAUGAUUGUGCAAAGGAAAGGAACUGGUAUCCAAUUGACAAGCCCACACGGGCACAACCCAUUAACAGAUACAACAAGACUUAUGUUCGAUGA